CGUGGCGGCGGAGGCAGCGCGGGGAAGGAGGCGAGGGCUGCCCCGCCGCUUGGGCACGGCGCGGAACCUCCGCCCGGCGGAGAGAAGUUUGCUGCUGAAAGAAGGGAAAGGGAGGAAAAAAAAAAAAAUAUAUAUAUAUAUAUAUAUAUAUAUAAAUAAAUAAAUAAGGAAGUGCCCUCUCCGCAGCUGCCCCGGAGGGAUGCGGCGAAGAGCGGCCGGCGGGAGCCCGGCUGCGGGCACGAUCCGGAGUCAGAGCGGAGCUGAGCCGGCCGCCGUGUGAACGCUCGGCCCGGGAGGGCCGGGCCGGGGCGGCGGGGCCGCCUCCCGCCCUGCCCAGCCUCCGCGCAUCCUUCCGCACCGCCUGCGCGGGCCGAGCCCAGCCGAACCGAGCCGAGUGGGUGUGAGCCGAGCCGGGGCGAGCGGUAGGAUGAGGGGCAUCCUCUACUUCUGCACGCUGAUCCUCCUGGAAGGUAUGGCGGAAGCUGUCAGCUCAAGCAGGGACUGCCUUCAAGCAGGCGAGUCCUGUACCAACGACCCCGUCUGCAGCGCCAAAUUCAGGACCCUCCGGCAAUGCAUCGCAGGCAACGGAGCCAACAAGCUGGGCCCCGAUGCCAAAAACCAGUGCCGGAGCACUGUGACGGCCCUGCUCUCCAGCCAGCUGUAUGGCUGCAAGUGCAAGAGAGGCAUGAAAAAGGAGAAGCACUGCUUGAGUGUCUACUGGAGCAUCCACCACACGUUGAUGGAAGGCAUGAACGUACUGGAGAGUUCCCCUUACGAGCCAUUCAUCAGAGGCUUUGAUUACGUCCGGCUGGCAUCCAUCACUGCAGGGUCUGAGAACGAGGUGACCCAGGUGAACCGGUGCCUGGACGCCGCCAAAGCCUGCAACGUGGACGAGAUGUGCCAGCGGCUGCGGACGGAGUACGUCUCCUUCUGCAUCCGGCGCCUGGCCCGGGCCGACACCUGCAACCGCUCCAAGUGCCACAAGGCUCUGCGCAAGUUCUUCGACCGCGUGCCGCCCGAGUACACCCACGAGCUGCUCUUCUGCCCCUGUGAUGACACCGCCUGUGCCGAACGCCGGCGGCAGACCAUCGUCCCUGCCUGCUCCUACGAGUCCAAGGAGAAGCCCAACUGCCUGGCGCCUCUGGAUUCCUGCCGGGAAAACUACGUCUGCAGGUCACGCUACGCGGAGUUCCAGUUUAAUUGCCAGCCGUCCCCGCAGGCUGCGAGCGGCUGCCGGCGGGACAGCUAUGCUGCCUGUCUGCUGGCCUACACGGGGAUCAUAGGCAGCCCCAUCACACCCAACUACAUCGACAACUCAACUUCCAGCAUAGCUCCUUGGUGCACGUGCAAUGCCAGCGGCAACCGGCAGGAAGAGUGUGAGAGCUUUCUGCAUCUCUUCACCGACAAUAUCUGUCUCCAAAACGCCAUUCUGGCCUUCGGCAAUGGGACCUACAUGAAUGCAGCUGCGGCCCCAUCCAUCCCCCCCACCACACAGAUGUACAAGCAGGAGCGAAAUGCCAACAGAGCCGCAGUGACCCUCAGAGAGAACAUCUUUGAGCACCUCCAGCCCACCAAGGUGGCCGGAGAGGAGAGGCUCCUGCGGGGCUCCACUCGUCUGUCAUCAGGGACCUCCAGCCCAGCAGCUCCCUCCCGCUGGGCACCCUCUCCGCUGCAGAUGUGGCUUCUUCCCGCUCUUGCUGUGCUGAACCUCUUCGUGAUGUGAAGCAGGGCGAGCACACGCCAGGCAGAGACUCUCUUUGUGUUGGUUUCUUUACAAAACAACCAGACCAGUAACUUUUUCGGGGGGCGGGGGGGGGGAGGCGGGGAGGAGGGAGGGGAUGGGAAGGAGACGUGAGUGUGUGGGCAUCCCUUUCUCCUCCUCAUCCGUCUGCCAAUUUAUUUGAUUUUAUACAAUCAGAAUCAUCAACAACUGGCUCAUUAUUGGUCCUGGCCACCUUUCUGCCCCACGUCUUGGUGGUUGUCUCUCCAGUUCUCUGCGGAUGGCUUUGGAGCUACGGAAAAUUGCCUCAGAAUAGGUGAUGGAGAGGGUUGAGCCAAGAAAUAGGAGAUGCGAAGGAAAUGCUUUUGCCUGCCCCAGCCAAGAGGGGAAAGACUUUUGAUGGAUGAGCUGUCAGGAGGUUUCCCGAAGCCCUGACUGACAUUACAGGGCUCUUGACAGGACAUGUCAAGCGAUGUGGAGCUUAGAUUGUCUCCAGGGUUGCUCAACCUGAAGGCAGCCCACCUGGUUUGGAUGGAAGAAACCAGAGCACCAGGGAGAAGGUAGUGGUUUUUGUUCACCAGAGAGGAUCUUGAAGCACCUCCGGGCUGGACCAAGUAACCACACUACAAACUGGCUGGUGGGAUUAUCCACCCGCUUGAACCCGUGGCCAGCGUGCAACGAGUAUGCAUCUCCAAGCUGUCACUUACCACUCGGGCCCUCCUUUUUAGAGAAACAUGUGUCAUGUGUAGAUGGUGUUCAGGAAGAAACACGUGUGUUGCAUUUUGUUUACAGCUGGUUUUCUUUGUGUCCCAACCCUAGCAUCUCUAUUCACUGGUCCCGUAAAGUGUUUGGGGUAGGGAUUUUUUUGUCGCAUCCAAACAACCAGAGGCCAAUGUUGUCCCACCCCAAGCUAACCUUUCUUCAUGAGGGAUGAAUGUGUGAGACCAUGGGCAGGACUCAGUGUGAACCCAACGCAACCCGUUCUCUCCCUGUGCAUCCUCUGGUCUCGCAGAGAAGCGGAGGGUCUUCAGUCAGGGGAUUUCAUUAAUUUUCCUAGGAAGAGGUAGGAUAGAAAAGGUUUGCUAGAUACCACCCUGGGGACAAAAAUAUCCAGUCAAUUUGUGAAAAGGCCAAGUUAUGAAGCAUGUCAUGGGUAGGGAGUGGAUUGCUAUGGUUCUUCCCUUCGAAGAGCUGGCAGAGGCAAUCGCUUAUGUCCAAGCUAGCACGUGAAGGGCAUUGCCUUCUGCCAAGUCCUAUUUACUCAGCUGAGAAAUCAUUUAAGCAAAUGCUGAUGAAGUGACCGAGGUGCAACCAGAGCCCAGCUGGAGGGUGAGGACAAAUGUCUCUCUGGUCUCUUGGGGCACAGGGAGGCAGAUGAGUGACCUUGGGCCACCUGAGCAUUUGGGGGUCUUGCCUCAAGGACGUGAGUUGAGGACUCCCAGUGCCUUCUUGGGGGGCUGAACCCCUCGCUAGAUCAAGCCAAGAAAGAAGAUGGUAAGGAAGGGUGAGAAGGUUCCCUGGGAUAAAUGCCUACCCAGGUUGACUGCGACGGGAGGCACAGGAAUAGCUCCAGAUUCCUCCUGAGUAUUUAGGCCUGGGCUUUGCAGCAGCCCAUUUAUUCCUUGGUUUGUGCUCCUCCAAGGAACAUCGUUACUUCCUUAGCAUUUGGAUUCCUAGAAAGACUUAGCAACAGCUGACUCAAAGAAGUCCAAUGCUUUUUAUUCCCAUUCCCUGCAGAAAACCUUCCACUCUUUAUGGCUUCAGAAUUUGCUGAGAAACUGUAGCAACUUUCUUGGGUUUUGGUCCAAUAUGAAACCACUCUUGUUUUCAGUUGAACACUUGUGGCUGUGUAAGACAUGCACAGAAAUCCUCCUGGCUGCGCCCUAUCCAAAGUUCUGCUCCUCGAGGUCCUCAGGGCUGUAGCACCUGGUUGUCCUAAGCCAGGGCUGUGCAAAGGAACAUGCAAAAAUCCAAGUCUUGCGUGCAGAGAUCCAGGUCACAUCCUGAACUGAAACGUGCGUGUGAGAUCCUCACUGCCAAGAGGCUCCUGCAGAUUGGAAAAGCAAACAGGGGGAUAGCACUACAGGCAGGAAAGUCCCUUACCUCCCUUCAAAGUGCCAUGACUGUGCACUGAGUUGCUGUGAACAUCUCCCCUUUAUCCAGGACACCGGCGUCCCCUGAGAGACCACGGAGCCAUCUGCGGACCCAGUGACACAACCACUAGCUGCAACUCUGCAAAACUUGUGUCCUCUGAGCCACAGGUGAGAACGGGAGUAAACCCUGAUGCUCAGCCCUUCAAAGGCAAGGAACUACCUCACCAUCAUGAGGUCAUGCUGUGAAUUGCCUUCUUCUGCCGCUUUCCUUUCAAGUCCUGUAGUCACCUCCUGCUCUUCUACACACCCAGCCCCGGCAAACCUGUCUUCACCAGCCUUUCACCUUCCACGGGCUGAGCCUCUGCAUGGGAUGGGCGUUCACGUGUCAGCUGCUUCGAGGAGUACCCACUCCUGCAGUCCCUGGUUGGCUCCACUCCUGUGGCUCUCGUAACCCACUGCCGGUGAUGUCAAAAUGCCACUUUGCCAUUUCCUUCUCUGAUUGAUGACCCACGGAGAUAGACUUUUUCUAGGUGGUCGGGACGACUGGCAACCCCACUUCAACUCUCCCUUGGGACUGGUAUGCUGUGAAAAAUAGAUGUGGAGAAUCCUACUCAUAGACUAGAGGGGAUGGAGGAGACAUCCAGAGGUUACCUAGUCCAUUACCAUGUCCCACAGCAGGACCAAUGGUCUGUUUACACUUUCUGGCAGAUUUAUCUUAAAUGAUUUUUAAGAAUUUCAGCGAGAGACAUCAUCAUCUCCCAUGGAUUUAUAUCUUGCUUUAAAGACUCCUUAGGGUGUUAGUUGUCUCAAAGCAUCACAGGCCAACGAGACCUUCAAUUGUCCUGUGCUGUGGGUUUGGAUACAGCGGCCUUCAAACACUGUCCCAGGCCAGGUCCUGCACUCCCGGGGGUUUCCCGUGGUCUGGGGAUGCUUCAAAAUGAAGUGAGUAAGGCACAGAGCAAUGAGCUUCUCACCCAGCCAAAAAGAGCCAAGAGCUUGGGAUGGGCAGUCAUAUUACAUAGAAUUAAAACAAAACAAAACAAAAAAUAAUCCCCAAACCUGCAUGACUUUUUCCUGACCAUUUCACAUUUUUUGCCAAUAUUUAACCUCAAUACUCCUUCCAAACCCAUUCACAAAUCAAACUUUGUAAAAAAAAGAUGGCUUUUGAGCAGUCCUUUUGAAGGAAGAAAACCCAAUUACAUUCCUCCUCACUCACAAACACAUGUAUGCACAGGACAUUUCUUUUCCCUUGUGAAAAGCCAGUAAUUUUUUUGGAUGAAAUUUCAUCUCUGUUGAACUCUGUGAAGUGAACCACGGAUCUUCAUUUUUAAGUCUCUUGACUAACCACCAAAGUCCUGGCAGCUGCUUGUAAAGGCAAAAGACUGACCGAGCUGAGGGAGAAAGGGAGACAGUUUUUUUAGGAAUUACUCCAUACAUGGGGACUUUCAUAAGCACAAAGAAGAGUCAUGGGAAAAAAGAAAAAAAAAAAAAAAAAAAAAAAAGAAAAAAAAAAAAAAAGAACCAGCCAAACGUUCUGUAGCCACCAAACUCUAUUUUUACGGCUACUCAGCACCGUUCCCAGUGGUCUGGAAGUCCUGAAAGCUCGUGAAAUAUUGUGUAUGUACAAAUACCACAUCAUUGUCAAAGCAAGAGGGUGAGCAGGGAGGGAGACACUGAGGUGGGAAGCUGGUGCUGGAGCAAUAACCCCAUAGGUAGCAGGGUGAUGCUAAAGUGUGCGUGUGUGCACGCGUAUACGUAGGGGAGAUGGGUUGAUGUCUGCCUUUACUACUGGGGUAUAACCUGUACUUAUCUCUUCUGUACAUGUCAAUAUUCAAACAUAUCCAUGAAUAAAGCACACAUGCAUUUUCCUGA